GGGCGGGCGUAGGGCGAAAGGGGCCGGCCCAGGGACUCGCUACGUGUCGCGGGAGCCCUUAUAGGCCCGGCGCACCCCGGCCCCGCCGCCCGUCACCAUGUCGAGCCGACCGCCGGCGGGAUCAACCAAUGUGGUUUACCAAGCCCAUCAUGUCAGCAGGAGUAAGAGAGGUCAGGUCGUCGGUACCAGGGGUGGAUUUCGAGGCUGCACGGUUUGGCUAACAGGCCUUUCUGGAGCUGGCAAGACAACCAUUGGCUUUGCUCUGGAAGAGUACUUGGUCUCACAUGGCAUCCCUUGCUAUUCCCUGGAUGGUGAUAAUGUUCGGCAUGGCUUGAAUAAAAACCUGGGUUUCUCACCUGGGGACCGUGAGGAGAACAUCCGCCGCAUUGCAGAGGUGGCCAGGCUGUUUGCUGACGCUGGGCUUGUCUGCAUAACUAGUUUCAUUUCUCCAUUUGCAAAGGAUCGUAAAAAUGCACGGAAAAUUCAUGAAGCAGCUGGACUUCCUUUCUUUGAAAUCUUUGUAGAUGCUCCUCUAAGUAUUUGUGAAAGCAGAGAUGUGAAGGGUCUGUACAAAAAGGCAAGAGCUGGAGAGAUCAAAGGAUUCACGGGAAUUGACUCAGAGUAUGAGAAGCCUGAGUCUCCUGAACUAGUGCUGAAAACGAACGUUGCGUCAGUGUCUGAAUGUAUUCAGCAGGUUGUGGAGCUCCUCCAAAUACAAAACAUUGUGCCCCACAGCUCAGUUAAGGACAUUCUUGAGCUCUUUGUGCCUGAAAAUAAACUCAGUACUGUACAAGCUGAAGCAGAGAUGCUACCAUCUGUAGAGAUCACUAAGCUGGAUCUGCAGUGGGUGCAGGUGCUGAGCGAAGGCUGGGCCACUCCGCUGACCGGCUUCAUGCGCGAGGCAGAGUACUUGCAAGUGAUCCAUUUUGGCACCCUGCUGAAUGACGGCAUUGUCAACUUGAGCAUCCCCAUCGUGCUGCCAAUCUCUGUGGAGGACAAGGAGCGGCUGGAGGGCUGCGAGGCACUGGCACUAAGCUACCUGGGGCGAAGGGUGGCGGUCCUGAAGAACCCUGAGUACUUCGAGCACAGGAAGGAGGAGCGCUGCGCCCGUGUCUGGGGCACCACCUGUGCAAAGCACCCGCAUGUCAAAAUGGUGAUGGAAAGUGGAGACUGGCUGGUUGGUGGAGACCUGCUUGUGCUGGAGAAGAUCAAAUGGAAUGAUGGGCUGGACCAGUACCGCCUGACACCACUUGCUCUCAAGCAGAAGUUCAUGGAAAUGAAUGCUGAUGCUGUCUUUGCAUUUCAGCUGCGCAACCCUGUUCACAAUGGGCAUGCCCUGCUCAUGCAGGACACGCGGCGCCAGCUUCUGGAGAAGGGAUACAAAAACCCCGUGCUUCUCCUGCACCCCCUGGGGGGAUGGACCAAAGAUGACGAUGUCCCGCUGGAGUGGCGGAUGAAGCAGCAUGCAGCAGUGCUGGAGGAGCAAGUCCUGGACCCCAAGUCAACCAUCGUUGCCAUCUUCCCUUCUCCCAUGCUCUAUGCGGGCCCCACAGAGGUGCAGUGGCACUGCCGAGCUCGCAUGAUUGCUGGGGCCAAUUUCUAUAUUGUGGGGCGUGAUCCUGCAGGCAUGCCUCACCCCGAGACCAAGAAGGACCUCUACGAGCCCACACAAGGAGGGAAGGUCCUCAGCAUGGCACCAGGCCUGACCUCAGUGGAGAUCAUCCCCUUCCGGGUGGCUGCUUACAAUAAAGUGAAAAGGGCCAUGGAUUUCUAUGACCCGAAAAGGCACAACGAUUUUGACUUCAUCUCGGGGACACGCAUGAGGAAGCUUGCUCGUGAAGGUGAAAACCCACCAGACGGCUUCAUGGCCCCCAAAGCUUGGAAAGUCCUAACUGAGUACUACCAGUCACUGGGAAAACAGAAUUAACACUCCUCCUCCCUAGAAAUGCUUGUAUUAAGAGUGAGCAAUGAUUGAUUGAUUCCCUAUGACACAGAUCAGUUACUUGGCAUUUCCAAUGCUCUGCCUGUAGGAUUUUUCUACCUAGGUCAGAGUGGUUUUUACUAAUCAGAAAUAAUUUGAGCCUCGUCCUUCUCCCCUGGAAGCUGCCAGGAGUAUCCCCAUGGAACUGGAAGGGAAGGGCAGCGAGCCCUGCAUUCCCAGCUGAGUGCAGCUGCAGGAAGCCCAGCACAGCCCCUGGGUGGGCCAGCUGGAUUGUUCCAAUGCCACCAGAGCCAGGCACCAGCCCCCGAUGCAGAGCUGGGACCUCAGCACCAGGAUGAAAACCACGCCUGUCCCCUGUGUGGAGCAGAAAUGAAGAAGUGCCUUUUCUCUACCCGCAGCCAGCUCUGCCUGAAGAGGAAGGAGCCACUGAAGUGAGGAGCAGCUGCUGCUGCCAGGCUGGAAGAGGGAAACAGGCACACAGUGCUUGGAUCCAUUCGCUGUCCUCCAGGUUGUCCCAUAGACCAUUUUUGCCAACAAACAGUGGGGUUUUUUUAAUGCCCUUUUUUAAAAAGGAGUUUUUAAAAUCAGCCUUGACCACCACUCGUUCCUUGUGGCUGAGACAGCUGUUCACUGUCCUUCUUUGCUUUCUCCUGUUUGAACUCUCUGGUCAAAACAAAACCUGGGCUGAACAUUACUGAUGCUCUGAGUUCAGCUUUCCAUGGCAAUCCCUGUGCUCACAGCCUAGGGGACCCAUGGAUGCGGGAAGAUGUUCUUGGGAGGCACCGUAAAGACCGGGAGAUCUUUGAGAAAGUUCAGGGCAGCAGUCAAAAACUGGGGAUGGUUUUUACAUGUUUUCAUGGGUAUCCUCACACCUAGCAGGACUGCAUCCCCCCUUUCCUUUGCCUGUGCUUCUCCCAUCUGAAAGGCAAAUUAAAGGCAAACCAGCAAAAUCACAGUGUGAGGUGGGUCCAAGAGGCUGUACCUGUUAAAAGAGUGGAGAGAUGGCUCAAGCACUUGCCUUCAUCUGUACCCGUAAUCCCACAUGGGUACAGGUGGCCUGAUUUUACUUAGUACCUGCGUGCUGCGGAUGCUGGCUCUGGUGGGAGAUGGCAGAGGAUGGAGAGAAGUCCUUGCCGUCCACCUCCACCUGCAUGGGGUGCUGCUGUGUGAGGGGUGUUGGUGCUGAGCCAUCAUCCCUCACACAGAGAGGUAGCCAGUGGCUGGUGCUGCACCCAGCUAUGGCUGGUGGAAAGUUACAGCAGCCCUAACCUUUCUCAACCCACCCUCUCUGACACUGAUUUUGCUGCUGUGUUGGCUUUUUUACUGACCCGCAGCACUUGCAGUGAACUCUGACUGGGCAGAGCAGUGUGACUCAGCACCGGAGCUUUACCUGGCCCCGCUCGUGUCUCACUGCAGGCACAUGCUGCUGGGACUGGUGCAUGUCUCUGUGGUGGCUGAGGUUUGAGCACACUGCCUCACAUGGCUGGGAGCCCCUCAGCCACCUCCUGCCCCUGC